AUAACACGUUACCCUGACGCCCGGAUGUGGCUCGUGUACCUCCCGGAAGCGCUGGGUCAGAGCGUCGCAGGAAGGAAGUGGCUGCGGCGCAUGCGCGGAGGCACAGCUGUACUGCAGGGUCUGUACGGAGCGCCCGGCGGGUUGCUGUUUUACCGGUGAGCUAUUGCUGUUGGAGAUGUCAGCGGGUGCGGCAGAGGGGUGACCAUCAGGGAAAAUCUUUGUCCUAUAAUAAACCGACUUCAGAGGUUUCAUCAAGAGCACAGUAAUUUGAAAUAGACCGGAAAUGGCUGCUGAUAAAGCAGGAGAACAGGGAACAGAAAAGCAUGAGAGUUCUGCCAAUUGCUCUGGUAUUUCUGACCAAGAGAAGGAGCUGUCCAGAUGUGCUUUACAGGCAUUCAUGGCUGGAAAUUACGAGGCCUGCCUUCAGCAACUUGGAGAGCUGAAAGAAAUUAACAAAGAUGACUACAAAAUAAUGUUGAACAUGGCAAUUGCUGAGUUUUAUAAACGUGACCAGAGCACAACGGACAGUUUAAAACAGACUCUGAACCAACUAAAGAAUGAGGUUCAUUCAGCGGUUGAUGAGAUGGACAGCUUGGAUGAUGUGGAGAAUAGCAUGCUUUACUAUAACCAAGCCGUCAUCUUGUAUUACCUGCGUCAGCACAUGGAAGCUAUCGCCAUUGGAGAAAAGCUUUACCAAUUCAUUGAGCCCUUUGGUAGGCGUCUGAAAGUACCCAGAACGACGCCCCAAAGCCCUAAAGGACCGUGUACACCAUACAGACGAGAAGAGAAAUUUGCACAUGCGGUAUGCUUCUUGCUCAUAGACCUGUAUCUUCUAACAUACCAAACUGAGAAAGCCUUGCAUCUUCUGGUGGUACUGGAAAAAAUGAUCUUGCAAGGCAGCAACAAUAAUAAAAAUGGUAAAACUAGUGAGACAAACAAUAACAGCAACAACAAAGAAGCCUCUAACCUUAAGGCUGAGGGAGGAGCUCAGCUAGAAGCCGCAAAGUCAAAAAUUCAUCAGUACAAAGUUAGAGCCUACAUUCAAAUGAAAUCUCUGAAGGCAUGCAAGAGAGAGAUAAAGUCUGUUAUGAACACAUCUGGAAGUUCGGCCCCCUCGCUAUUUUUGAAGAGUAAUUUUGAGUACCUCAGAGGAAACUACCGGAAAGCUGUGAAGCUACUCAACUCUUCCAAUAUCUCUGAGCAUCCAGGAUUCAUGAAAACAGGCGAAUGUGUUCGAUGUAUGUUCUGGAACAAUCUCGGGUGCAUUCAUUUUGCCAUGGGAAAACACAAUUUAGGUCUCUUCUACUUCAAAAAGGCUAUCCAGGAAAAUGACAAUGCCUGCGCACAGUUAUCCACGUCUACAGAUCCAGGGAAGAAAUUUUCAGGCAGACCGAUGUGUACGCUGUUGACGAACAAGCGUUACGAGUUGCUCUAUAACUGUGGCAUACAGCUUCUGCACAUCGGGCGACCGCUGGCAGCCUUUGAAUGUUUGAUAGAAGCUGUUCAGGUGUAUCACUCAAACCCUCGACUCUGGUUAAGGUUAGCAGAGUGCUGUAUAGCUGCCAAUAAGGGGACGUUAGAGCAAGAAACAAAAGGUCUUCCAAGCAAGAAGGGCAUCGUACAAUCCAUAGUGGGUCAAGGCUAUCACCGGAAAAUAGUCUUAGCUUCACAGUCCGUUCAGAAUCUUCUAUACAAUGAUGGGGAAUCCUCCGCUAUUCCGGUUGCCAGUAUGGAGUUUGCUGCAAUUUGUUUAAGAAAUGCAUUGCUUCUUUUGCCUGAGGACCAGCAAGACGCUAAUAAAGAAAAUGGUGCAAAAAAUGUCAGUCAGACAGGCAACACAGAUUCCAUUGGGGAAAGCAGUGAGGCAUGCAGCAGUAAAAACCAUGAAGGUGAGAAGUUCCUUCCUGCUCCACCGUCGUCACCCCUGAAAAGACAAGAGCUUGAAAAUUUAAGGUGUUCUGUCCUUGCUUGCAGUGCCUAUGUUGCUCUGGCUUUAGGUGAUAACCUCAUGGCCUUAAACCAUGCAGACAAACUUCUUCAGCAGCCAAAGUUGUCAGGAUCCCUUAAGUUCUUAGGUCAUUUGUAUGCUGCUGAGGCACUUAUCUCUCUGGACAGGAUCUCUGAUGCCAUCACUCACUUGAACCCGGAGAAUGUCACAGAUGUGUCCCUUGGGGUUUCAUCGAAUGAACAGGAGCAAGGGUCUGACAAAGGAGAAAAUGAGCCUAUGGAGUCUGCGGGGAAGCAGAUGCCUCAGUGCUACCCAAAUUCUGUCACAUCAGCUAGGACCAUGAUGCUGUUUAAUCUUGGGAGCGCUUACUGCUUACGUAGUGAAUAUGACAAGGCAAGAAAAUGUCUUCACCAGGCUGCUUCCAUGAUCCAUCCGAAGGAAAUCCCACCAGAGGCAAUACUGCUGGCAGUCUACCUAGAACUACAAAAUGGCAAUACCCAGCUGGCCUUGCAGAUCAUUAAAAGAAACCAGCUUCUGCCGUCCAUCAAAAUGAUGUUGGAUCUUCGCAAGAAGCCAUUGUUUCAGCCCAUCCAUCAGCCAUUGCAGCCAAUUCAGAUGCCAGCUUUCACCACUGUUCAGAGGAAAUGAUGUAUGCCUACCACAGGACUCUCCAACUGAGGCACAAUAUUUUAAAAUCCGGACUUCAUUAAAGGGCAUAUUGGCAAUUUUUUACCCAUUUGCAAAAAAAAAUGUUUCUUGAAACUAAAAGGAUCUAAUCCUGGUCUUGCUGAGCCAAACCUCAAUCUUUUCCCAAGAUUUGUGUUUUUUUCCUCUUUAGUGAAUAAUUUAUCAGUGGGGCAAUAAACAUCAUCUCACCUGUUUACAUAAA